AUGCGCGCCUCCCACAUCCUCGCCGCCCUGGGCGCAGCAACCACAACCACAACCCACCUCGCCCAGGCCCAAAACACAAGCCCCCUCCCGGACGCAGUCGCAGCCGCAGUGCAGUCCUCCGCCGACUGCACCAGCACCAGCCCCAGCACCACAUCCGCAACAACGACAUGGACCCUCCCGCCCGUCUCGGCGACGUCCACGCACCCGGCCAGCUUCACCGUGACCAUCGACCUCUCCAACGGCACGUCCUCGGCGUCGUCGUCGGGGGCCUCGGCGGCGCUGUCCACGGCCACGACGACGACCGCCGGCACCGACGGCACCGGGAGCCCGUCGCCGUCGUCGCCCACCGGCACCGUCGCGGCGGCCGGGGAGGGCCUGUCGACCGACAGCAGCAUGCUGGGGCUUGUGGUCUUCUUUGCGCUGUCGCUGUGCCUGCUGUGA